UUAUCAGGCCAAGCUGUCGGACUUUGGUCUGCUGAGGAUGAGUGAGAGCAGCACACUCAAGUCAACUCGAGUCAUGGGAACACCGGGCUAUGUCGACCCCACCUACGCCCAAACACGCAAGGCCACCACAGCAUCUGAUGUGUACAGCUUUGGUAUUCUCAUUCUGGAGCUCAUCACGUGCAAGAAGGCCGUUCUUUCUGUCAACAACCAACCGAUUCACCUCCGCGACUGGGUAUCCCAGCAGCUGCACAGCAGUGCGAGUCUGGAGGACUCUUCCACCGAAGCUCCACUCGAGGCACCACAUGAGCUGCAGGCAAGCACCGACUCCCUAGAGGUGAUCGACCCGCGCCUCGCCAUGCCUCAGCCCAUUGCCGUGCGACUCCUCCACCUCGCCCUCUCCUGCACCGCCAUGUCGCUGGCCUCCCGCCCCUCCAUGAUGAAGCUUGUCUUGGAGCUGGAGACUCUCAGGAAUGAAUGCUUGGCCGCGCAGCCUUCUCUUGUCUAGGAGUGAGUAACAAACGUGUGACUUCUUCACCUCGCGCUCUCCUGCACCGCCCGCAAGUCUCCACCCGGUUGCCCCUCACUGGCGAAGCUGGUGCUGGAGCUGGAGACUCUUAGGAAUGAACGCUUGCUUGGCCAACUCCACCUGCAGUUAUAUUACGCACAAACAAUUGACGCAUUGAUUCCUCCUGGUCGUUCGUCUGCAAUUUCUCUGGCACACUGGUUAGGUGACCCUGAGAAUCUUGAGGCACAAAUGCAGGGAGAUCCGCAUCAAGAUUGUACUACUGAAAGCUUUAAGACUUAUGUUUGCUUGUUUGUUUGUUUUUGUUUUUGUUUGUUUGUUUUUUUUCUUUUUUUUUUCUUCAGAAACUGUGUAACUGUGCAGCACUUCGCUGGAUCAAAGUUUGGUGGCGAAGUAGAGACGAAUUUUGCGCGCUCAUUUGUUUUGCGACAACAACUUGCGUCAUUCACGGGCAACCCCAUAACAAAGGCACGUCAGUCAAUUUGCACCACUAGCAGCAACUGAACUCCUGCUGAGUCAUCGUGCCAUCCCCUGCUCCAGCACCUCAGUCAAUGGCUUCCAGCUGGUUGGGCCUGACAGUUUCGCGUAAGUCGUGAUCUUCUACGAGCUCUCAUUCGUUGGGGGCAACACGAGUGACAAAACCCUGCAGACGAAGGUUUUCAUAUUGGCUGCGAUAUCAGCGAUCUUGCCACCCUGUUUCAGGCAUCGUCAGACAUCGCGGACUUCGCAUCCCUGGCGAAUUCUGCCUCAGCAUUGUUCCAGGCUUCGGUCUGGACAAACAGGCGGUCAGGUAAUGAUACAAUUACC